CCAAUUAAAGGGACGUCGGUCGGGCGAGUUGCGGGCGAGCGCUCUGGACUUUGGAAGUGGCGCUUGGGAUAAGGGACCUAGACGCUGGGACCGCUGCCGGAGCUACUGGCCGCAACGAGACGCCUUUGCUUCUUGCAGGCAGAUUGAGAUAGCAAAAGAGGGGCGAGAAAGGCAAGCUGAGGGAUGGAUCUGAGUUCAGGAAUUCAGAAGGUAUCCAUCAGUCAGCAACCUUCAGGAAGAGGAGUGCCUUGUUUAAAAUGCAAAGGCAUGUGCUCAGGCUUCGACCCACAUUCUUGGAGGAAAAUAUGCAAGUUAUGCAAAUGCAGUCAGGAAGAUCAUUGCCUGAGCUCUGAUGCAGAAGACGAUCGGAAAAUUGGCCGCUUGCUCUCCAAUUCCAAGUACUCUUCUUUAACUGCCCGGGUGAAAGGAAGUGAUGGAGUACGCAUCUAUAAAAGAAACCGCAUGAUCAUCACUAAUCCUAUAGUGACACGGAAAGAUCCAACUUUUAACACUAUUACAUAUGAAUGGGCUCCACCUGGACUGACUCAGAAACUGGCUACCCAGUACAUGGAACUGAUUUCAAAGGAAAUGCAGCCAGUGGCUGGGACAGAAGGUGCUUAUUAUCGUCGCAGGAGGUUGAUGAGACAACUUCCUAUUUAUGAUCAGGACCCCUCCCACUGCCGGGGCCUUCUGGAGAAUGAAAUAAAGUUGAUGGAAGACUUUGUAAAGAAAUACAAAAAUGAAGCUCUUGGCGUUGGAGAAGUUGCUCUGCCAGGUCAUGGAGGAGCCACCAAGGAAGAAGGAAAGCAACCUGAUAAGAACACUCCUGAAAAUAAGGAAGCUGUUUCAACCAAUGGAACUCUGGGUGAUGCGUCAAAGGGGCUGGAAUUGUUCUGUGACCUCUGCAAGCUCGCGCUCCCCGCGGAGUGCCCCGUGGUGUACGCAGACCGAGCCGGCUAUGACCACCAGUGGCAUCCUGCAUGCUUUGUGUGCUCCAAGUGCUCUGAACCACUCGUUGAUCUGAUCUACUUCUGGAAGAAUGGGGCCCUCUGCUGCGGACGCCAUUACUGUGAGAGCAUCAGGCCACGCUGUGCGGCCUGUGACGAGAUAAUAUUUUCUGCGGACUACCAGCAAGCUGAAGGCCUCACCUGGCACAAACAACACUUCACCUGCCUGGAGUGCGAGACCUUGCUGACUGGCAAACCCUUCGUUCUGGAUGCAGCCCGCCUGCUGUGUACAACCUGCAGUAAAAACAAGCAUCCUUAAACAGCAUGUUUCAAUCCCCGGCGUUCCUGUUUACUGACUCAACCCAGAUUUGAAUCAGUGGAAAAGACGGGGUGGGGUGGGGUGGGGUGGGAGGUAAGCAAAGAAGUCACUUCAUACUGGAUUCAGACAACCAUGGCUAUUCACAGCCCAGUAAUUAUAGGAAAUGAGAUUGGAAAUGCUAACAUGGUAAGAAACACUCUGGGAUGAAAUGUAGAGAAUGGAAUGUUCUAGUUCUUUUAGGGAGACAUUAAAUGUAACUAAAUAUACUGGAAACCAGGAUACAUCUUCAGUUAUUCAUUGGCAGCAUGUUGCAAAAUCAACUGAUCUAGAAACAUGAAAGUUCCUCAUUUUGCUGUUAGCUUUUGCUACUUUUCUUGUUAUAAAAGUGCUGCAUUUGUCAAUUGAACCAUCCCAUGCUAACAUCAGCCACAUUUCUAGCUUUAAAGGAGCAAUACAGGUGGGAAAGCAUAUGUAAGCAUUGACAAGAGGAUUCUCCCUCCCCAUUGUUUAGUGUAAUGGCCAACUUCUCAGAUGUAAUGUAUUUAACAUAAGAUGUCUAUUAAAACAUGAUUAUAGUUUGGAUACAUUUAGGCCCCUACCAAAUGACACUCUAAACAGAAAGACUUGUUCAGGAGAAUUGAAAUAAAUAAAUAAAUAUUCCAACUGGCAUUAAAAAAAUAUCUAGCUAUAUUAAAGCAGAACGUGUUCAAUAGACUUUCUUGUAAUGGAUAAACAAUUCCCAGCCUUCAAUAGGUUGUAAUGUUCCUCUAUCAUAAAUGUAAAAGUGAUCCAUGGGGAGUGCCUCUUGUAAGCAGCUACCAUGGAGUGAGUAAUAGAUAGAGGUUCGGUGCACACCAGUGUCCUGAUCCUGUUGAAGCGCCACUUAGUUUUUUUCCCUGAGAGAAAUCGUGCCAAAUCAGCAGGAGCACCUUGCUGGAACAUCGUGCCAGCAGGAACACCUGCCUCUUGACCCACAUGCAGUGGUGGCAGUGAGACCAGUUCAUGUGGGCGCAACAGGAGUCAGUAUCUCGCCUAGUUCCAUAGUGGGUAAGCCGUGGCCCUCCCGAUGCUGGACUGAACCUCACCAGCCCGAUGUGGUAUGGCCAGUAUGACAGAAGUUGCAAUCCAAUAUCAGGCAGUGGGUUACCUGCUCCUGGUCUACUCCAUUAUUUUUCUAUUCUCAUCUUAAUGGAUUCCAGUAGAGAUAUGGAGAGUUCUUAUUUUGCCUGUUAUUUGUAAUGGGGUUUUUGUCAGCCUGAACUGUAAGGGCUUUGAAGAUAGCAUAUAGUAAUGAACGAGGUUAACUUCCUCCUAGAUGUUGCCCUGACACAACAGGAAGGUCUUAGUUGUUAUGCUUUGGAACAUUUGAAGUCUAACUGCUCCCUCUUCUUUUUUGCUGAACCCUUGGAGAGCAAGGGUUGCAUUGCUUAUGUAGGUGUUUUUUCAAUUUACACAAAGUAAGCCCAUUUGUAAUGUUUAAGUCCUAAUAAGUUAACAGAUAAACAUUUUGUUAUUAGUCCUCUAAACAUCAUUUGGUUUGGUCAUCAAGUAACAAUGACCAGUUGCAUUACAGACAUUUUUGAUGAUUCAGUAGGAACAGAAAUUACUUGAGUUGGACAACUGGAAAAUCUGAGUCCCUCUGAUUUUAGAUAUAACACUUAUUAGACACAUGCAUUUUAUUUUCAGGUGUAAUGAUUCUGUGACUGCCCUAGAACCAUUAUGGAAACUUGUGUUACAUAGGAGCUCCAUGUAUGCAAUUGAGUAACACAAGAAUCUCCAGUAACUUAAAAGUUUUGCAGGUGCAGAAGAACCACCUCCUAUUUGAAUAGGGAUAUGUUCUCAUGUACAGGAGUUUGAUGGACCUUUGGCGUGUAUGCAGUGAGUCUCAGUAUGGAAAGUAAAGUCUGAAAUCUGUUUGUGCAGUAAGAGCAUCUCAUAGGGAACAGGGAAAAAAUCUGAUUCUCUUAGACCUUUCCUAGCAUGAAGUACUAAGAAUGAGAGUUAAUAUAACAGGAAUGUAUGUGCAAAGCCCAUUGAAAUGUGUACCUGUGAAUGUAAUCAGGCUAUGUUCGUUGCAAUUAUAUUUAUUUGCAUGUGCAAAUUUCUUGGCGGAUUCUGCCAUGAGGCUGAAGCCCACAUUUGAUUAAGAAUAUAUUUUGUUUCAUUUCAUUUGCUCACUGGACCUAUUUUUAAAUAGGUGUUAAAGGACUAGAACAAAAAUGUAUAGCUUGUCAAUGGCAGAUUAUAACAAAACUGUAAUUUUAAAAGAAAUUGGCACAUAAGUAGCACUUCUUAGCAGAUGGUCACUGUUAAACUUUGUAUAAAAUGUUCUUGUAUAAUAAAGUCCCUUCAUGAUAUAAAGAUAAUUAUUGUGAAAUCAAUACAGCACUUUGAUAUCUUUGAAAUGUUAAGAAUCAGUUACUAAAAUAUACCCAAAUAGUUCUGAUAUUGGCAUCUCUAUAAACCUGUAAACUCUUCUCCAACCAAGUAUUGUGGGGGUAGAAUUUUGAAUUUUUCAGAGUGGUAACUUGGAUCCAAUCUACAUGUUUUGCAGAACAAGCAGGCAGUCAAAAUCUUUGCUGUCCCACUUAAGGCUGACGGUAGGAGAUGGUAUUUCUGGAUGGUUCUGUCUGAAUGAAGUAAAGGAAGUGUUCAAAAUUCUGCCACACUGUCUUGACUUACAUGGAGCUCAGCUGCUCUGCAGUUUGCUCUGAAAAUAGAUAUAAACAUAAGGGCAAAUUGGCCGUAGCCAGCACUGGGGAAGGCAGGUAAGCCUAUGUGUAGACUGAAACAUGUCUGCCCACCUUGUUUGCGUUGCAGGCAUCCACAGCAAGUGUAAUGGCAGUACAGCAAAUGAGGCAUGACCAGGCCCAGGAAAAAUAGACCAGCAGCUGCACCUGUUCUCCUACAUUCAGUAUAAAUGGCAGCAGAGCAGCAAAAGCACACCUCUUUUGAAUCACCUGCAUAGCAGCAGAAUAAAGGCAGAACCUUUUACUUGGUGUAAGGCCAGUUUGAACUCAAAGAUGCUUACUUGCAAAUAAAAAUUUGAAGCAGAGCCUCCUCCACUGCCCAUCAAAUUUACCUUUUCUUAUUAAGUGUUCGCUAUAUUAUCCUUAGGAUGCGCCCUUGAAGUUUAAUACAAAAUUCAUUUUAAUUCAGGUUGCUGGAUUUUAUACCUGGUAACUUGGAAAUAUCUCUGCAGGUUCAAUGAGACUUUCUCCCUCAUUGAAGGCUUAAAAUCAUGUCAAGGUAACACUGGUGUUUCAUUUGUGUCCGUGCCACCCUUGGAAGUCAGCACAGGAGCAUGAAGAACACUCAGCCCCACCUCUGCCUUGUGCUCCAUCUUUGGGGCAAGUUAGUUGCCUUUGCCAUGCCUCCCUUGGCAGCCAUUGUGUGAUAGAGCAAGGCACGUUCUUAAAUUGCCGGAUGUGUCCCAAAGGUUGCCUACCUCUGCACUCGAUUCUGUACUUUGAAGAAUAUGCAGUUCCUCCCUUCACUGUCCAGGUGUGUCUGAUGCUAUCUGGGAUGUGUUUGCUCAGAUAUCUUUGGGAAUUUCCUUGUAGAGGAACAUCAAUAAUGGUCAUUGACCAGUAAACUGUCCCCCUCAUGGUUUCCUUAUUCUCAUUUAUGUCUUCAAUAACUCUGCAAGAGCCAAUUUUAGCUAUUUCAGGAUAAAGGUAGGGGAGUGAUGAUGCUCCCAGAUGCUGCUGCACUUCAGCUUCCAUCAUGCCUGUCCAUUAGCCAUGUUGACUGGGCCUGAUGUGAGUGGAACUGAACAACACUGGGACAGGGAAACAGCACGGGGCACUAACCCUCCCAUGUUUGCAGCAUUUUGUAAACUCUUCAGGGUAUAUUUUCCCAAUCUGGAUGUCAAUCGGAUUGCUAGGGAGUGCACAAUUAAGUGUGUGAGUUUAAUUUUAUUUUAUCGAGGUGUUAACCAUUCUAUGGAUUCUUCCUAAUAGCUUCUGCAUGUCAGUGACAUGUGAGAGCUGCAAUCAAUUUUGAAACAAGUUAAGCAUUCUUGGCAGUAAAUUUGGGGAGAUAAACUUUGUAACUGUCCAUAUUUUGAGGAGUGUGCAUUUAUUCUACCACAAAUUAGAAAUGCAGUCAUGAUGCAUCUCUUUCUGGACAGGGAGCAACAUGAACUCUGUGGAGCCCCUCCCUCUCCAGGCAGCUGUUGACUGGCAUUGGAACUCCUGCUUCUUCGCUGCCUUUGUCCAGCUAUGGUUCUUCCCAGAUCAAAAGCAACUCAGGCCCCCGAGGCUGGAUGAGGGCAGCCAAGCACUCCCAGCCCCGCCAGCAUUCCCAGCCCGGCGUAUGCGUGCCAGGCAGUCCACAUAGAAGACUCUGUGCUAAUUUUUUUACUGCGUAAGAAGAGAUUGCAGAUUGCAGCCUUAAGCAUUGUGUCAGCUUUUGGUCACCUGUUAGGAAUCUCAUCUAAGACAGGCCAUACAUCCCUGUAAGUGGCUCAGGGUGGAUCAUACCACUGGUGCAAUCUCUAAUGCAAAAUGUGAAGUCUGGGGAUUUAAACUGCUGACGUGUGAGCAGCAUAGGAUAUACUGGCUUGAAACCAAUUUGGUCUAUCUGCCUGCAGAAUGGAAACUGCUGGCUAAAGACUUCCCUCCCAGUGCAUCCCUUAUUUUUUAAGGGGGGUUGCAGGGGCUCCCCCUACAGCAGAAGCAGCACAGGGAAAGCAGGAGAGAAGACAGAGAACAGCAAGGGAAAUCCCUCUUAAACUAAGCUGGAUCUAAGUCUGAGCUUGCAAACAGGCAAGGUCACCAGAGGGCUGGGAGAGGAAACCUCUUGCACAUCUCUGGCAAGUGGAAGUCACUAAGUUCUGAUUCGCUGGACACUGUGGUGCUUUGGGAAAUAUUGCCCACGGAAUUUUAACAAUCAUUUUGAGGGGCUCCAAUUCAACCAGCUCCUGCCAGGUUUUGCAAGCCACUCCUCUGCCCUCUGAUGGGGACUGCAGGGGGCUGGAACUGGGCAAUUGUGCCAAUCACCUCAAGAUACUGUGUGUGUGAAAGAUAGAAUAAUAUACUGAUAUUGGCUUCAGCUAGCGGAUGGUAUUGAAAAUCAAUAGAUGUUGCUUAAGAUCUGUAAGCUUAAAAUAUCUAACACCCCCUUAAAGUUAACUUGAGAAAACACUGAAAUGUUUGUAAAUGCUUAAAUCUUCAAUAAAUGUUAAAAAAUAAAAGCUUUUUGAAAACA